AUGUCACAACGGGAAGAUGAUUCCCGUCUCAGGUCACAACGGGAAGAUGAUUCCCGUCUCAGGUCACAACGGGAAGAUGAUUCCCGUCUCAGGUCACAACGGGAAGAUGAUUCCCGUCUCAGGUCACAACGGGAAGAUGAUUCCCGUCUCAGGUCACAACGGGAAGAUGAUUCCCGUCUCAGGUCACAACGGGAAGAUGAUUCCCGUCUCAGGUCACAACGGGAAGAUGAUUCCCGUCUCAGGUCACAACGGGAAGAUGAUUCCCGUCUCAGGUCACAACGGGAAGAUGAUUCCCGUCUCAGGUCACAACAGGAAGAUGAUUCCUGUCUCAGGUCACAACGGGAAGAUGAUGCCUGUCUCAGGUCACAGAAUCAGAAUGUGAUUCAGAAUUCAUUAUAA